AUGCACCCAUCCAAGUACCUCGUUGAAAUUGGCCGCGUCGCCCUUGUUGACUUUGGCCCCGACGCCGGUAAGCUGGUCACCAUCGUCGAUGUUAUCGAUCAGAACCGCGCCCUCGUGGACGGAACUCCUGGUGGUGUGACUCGACAGGCCAUCCAGUUCAAGCGACUCCGCCUGACAAAGUUCCGCCUGGACAUCCCUCAUGGCACCAGCUCCAAGGUGGUCAAGAAGGCCUACGCAGCACAGGAGAUUGACAGCAAGUUUGCCUCCACGCCUCUGGCAAUUCGUCUGAAGCAGCGAAGCCUUAAAGCCGCCAUGACCGACUUUGACCGAUUCAAGCUGUACAAGGCUAAGCAGCAAUACAACCGCAUUGUCAACACCAAGCUGGCGCUGCUCAAGUCAAAGGGCAAGACCGCAUUGAAAGCCAAGCAAAACGCCAACAAGAAGACCAAGAUCCCUCAGCCAGAUCAUGGGGUUAACACUGUUUUUGUCGAUGUCGGUAACACCAAACUCGAACUUUUAGAUCAACUAGGCGACAAGUCGCCAAUAGCAGCGUUCAUGUCCAAGAAUCCCGCCGGCGGUAUUCACCAUCUCUGCUUUGAGGUGGACAACAUUGAUGCCGCUGUUGAGGAUUUGAAGGGCCAAGGAGUUCGACUGCUGGGUGACAAACCGAAAAUUGGCGCCCACGGAAAACCAGUCAUUUUCAUUCAUCCAAAGGACUGUGGCGGUGUACUUAUCGAGCUGGAGCAAGCUUAG